AUGCAUUCUAUCGACCCUGACCCUCAAUGCAGCGCCGAGCACAGCUCUGAAAAGUCUACCGAAUUUCAAGUGCACAAGAAUGAAAAGAUGAGCAGCGUUCUGGGAAGUAACAGCGGCCAAAUGACGAUUCAGAGCGACAAUGAAGUCGAGAUUAAUGAUCACGAUGUUAAUAAAAUAUUGACAGAGCUGUUUGCUGAGGUAGAAAGCAAGAAAAAGCUGCUGGAUAGUGAGGAAGAGACGUUUCAUCGGGAACAAGAUCGUUUAAACAGUUUACAACACGAGCACGCAGAGCUAUUAUGCAUAUUGAAGCGAUCCCAACGGCGAAGAAAAGAGCGGUUUCGAGUUCAAAGCAUGCUACGAAGGCCUGAAGAGGAAGCCAAAAACCGUAAAUAUGAAAGUGAUACUGCAAGUAACGGCGGUAGUGACAAUGGCUGCAAAGAUCACCAUCGUCAUAGCAAUUGCGACCGCCAUCAUAAUUUUUAUAAUGGCAUUAAGAAGGAUCGAAAGCGCUUGCGGAGAUUUCAGAAUGACGUCUCCUUGCGGUUUCGACUUUUGCGGUCUGAGUGCCAACGCUCCGAAUUGCAAGUGGAGAAGCUGAUGGCUGAUCUGCGACGUGAAUAUGCCGACUCAUGUCUGUUCGGCACCCCAUUAAAGUUUUAG